AUGCCGAAGUUGAAUAAUUCCAAUCCUUUUACUUUCACUUUAUUUCAUAACAAGGUCAAUUUUACUACAACUUUUCAACCAGUUUGUGUAUUUUGGGAAUUUGCUACCAAUUCCAAAAGCUCAGGAAAUUGGUCAGAUAGUGGUUGCAGCGUUGUUCAUUGGAAUCAAACUCAUACCCACUGUCGGUGUAACCAUUUAACGCAUUUUGCAAUAUUAAUGCGCGUUACAGAAGUAGAGAUCUCUCAAGAACAUUUAGUUAAUUUAGAUACAAUAACAUUUAUCUGCUCUGAUGAUUUCAUUAAUCAAUUUGUUAGUACUUCUUCGGAACAUCAUGAAAUUCAUAUUAAUCUGGCUUUGGCAAUGUUGUUAUCUCAGAUCGGAAUCAUUUUGACCGGUGCUAGCAUAAUUAAAAAUAAUAAUAUAUGCUGCAAAAUUUUAGCUAUAACACUACAUAUGCUUCUGUUGUCGAUGUUCUCAUGGAUGCUUGCGGAAGGUAUUCACCUUUACUUAAAAGUUAUCACGGUUUUCAAUACAAGCUCCAAGAGAAAAUUAUAUUAUGCCAUAGGAUGGGGCUCUCCAAUCGUGACUGUUGGUGUAGCGGUUGGUAUAGGGUUUGAUAGAUAUGGAGUAAACAAAUUGUGUUGGCUAUCAGUUCAUAGUGGAUUCAUAUGGGCAUUUACAGGACCCGCUUUAUUUGUCAUUUUGGUAAAUUUUUUAGUAAUGAUUCUCGUCCUUCGAGUUACCGCUAAUAAAUCCGGGAUCCAUCCAGCUAGUCGACAGUUUUAUAGCGCAAAAAAAAUCAAAUCUAUCGUGAAAGCCACUCUUAUUUUGUUGCCUAUCCUUGGCUUAACUUGGAUAUUUGGUAUUUUCUCAAUGAGCAAUCAUACCAUUGCCUUCAGUUAUAUCUUUGUUAUUUUGAAUGGUUUACAGGUUCGACACUAUCUUAUGCGUAGAGUAGGUUUUAAUUCAUCGACUGGCUCUCAAAGUAUUGCUCUCAGCACAUCGAACCGCAAACAUCCAAAGAUCAAGAUAUCAUCUAAUGUGGAAGAAUUUGAUGUAACAGAGGAUCAAGGCUCCAACAGCAAUUUAAUUUAUGAAGGUUUAUACGCUUGCUUUGAUGACUUAAUAUUUCUAAAAUUAAUUCGUGCAUGA